AUGCAAACUCAAACAUUAAUUUUUUUACUAAGUGCAUGUUGCUUUGUUUCAGCCGCUUCCAAAAAGGGUAAAGGUAAAACCGGAGGUCAUUUGAGACAUAAUGCAACUUCUCACAAUGCCAAUUCAACGUCGAAUUUGACUACUACCGCUACUGCUGCUAGAACAACUACUCAAGCUGGUGAUGCUGUUAAAGGUAUGAAUAUUGCUGGGGCCGUUGGUGCAUUGGCUGUUGGGGCUAUAUUGUUGUAG